AUGCCGAGCGCCUCCUUCACGGCCUCCAGGUCGUACGUGCGGAGGUCCCGCAGGAAGGGCGCCAACAGGAUCCCCACGCCCUCGAGGACCACGUCUGCAGAGCCAUGUGAACCUUCCUGUCCUGUACCUAACCAAAACAUUCCAGCACCUACGGCAGCCGCUCCGGGCUCGGGGGGGCCUUCAGCACUGGCCCCUGGGAGCAGCGGCGGUGCCAUUCCAGCCCAUCACUCUCCCUACGACCUUCGACGUAAGUCUCCGUCCCAUCACGACGGUCCAGGGCCCAGCACUAGCGCAGCAACCGCCGGAUCGCCGACGUCGCCGGCAACCCCAACGGCACCCGCCCAAGGAUACACUUCUGCCAUGCUUCCGGCAAGGAAACGUCCUAGACGGACGUGCUCCGCUUCGUACGAAAAUUGUACCAAUACAGCAGCUCAUUAUUUGCAAUAUGAGCUCCCCGAUGAAGUUUUGCUCACGAUAUUCAACUACUUACUCGAACAAGAUUUGUGUCGCGUCAGUCAGGUUUGCAAGCGUUUCCAGGCAAUCGCCAACGAUACCGAAAUCUGGAAGCGCCUGUAUCAGAGCGUCUAUGAAUAUGAUCUGCCAUUAUUCAAUCCCGCACCUUGCGUUUUCCAAUUCAUAAGUCCCGAGGAGUCAGAUUUAGCAAAUCCUUGGAAGGAAUCGUUCCGGCAGUUGUAUCGAGGCAUUCACGUCAGACCGGGUUACCAAGAUUUAACGUUUAAAGGAAGAAAUCUUGUCUAUUUCAAUACAAUUCAAGCGGCAUUAGAUUAUGCAGACGAGCGUAGUGGUAGUAACGGUACAACCGGAUCGGUUUCUGGAUCCAGUGGACAUUCGGAAGGCACUAAUCAAGGAGCUUUAAUUUUUCUUCAUGCUGGAACUUAUCGCGGAGAAUUUCUCGUUAUUGACGAUUCGGAUAUAGCUUUGAUUGGUGCUGCUCCCGGAAACGUCGCUGAGUCGGUCAUUUUAGAGCGAGAAUCAGAAUCAACAGUUAUGUUUGUGGAAGGAGCCAAAAAUGCGUACUGCGGCCAUUUGACGUUGAAGUUUUCGCCAGACGUCACUUCGACCGUACCUCAUCACAAGCACUACUGUUUAGAAGUAGGAGAAAAUUGUAGUCCUACAAUUGAUCAUUGCAUCAUUAGGAGUACCUCUGUGGUCGGUGCAGCCGUUUGUGUUAGCGGUACUGGAGCUAAUCCGAUCAUUCGUCAUUGUGAUAUAAGUGAUUGUGAAAAUGUGGGCUUGUAUGUAACUGACUUUGCGCAAGGAACUUACGAAGAUAACGAAAUCAGUAGAAACGCUUUGGCUGGUAUUUGGGUUAAAAAUAAUGCUAAUCCAAUCAUGCGCAGGAAUCACAUACAUCACGGAAGGGAUGUUGGGAUAUUUACUUUUGAUAACGGAAUGGGAUAUUUCGAAGCCAACGACAUCCACAACAACCGCAUCGCCGGUUUCGAAGUUAAAGCCGGCGCUAACCCCACCGUGGUCCAGUGCGAGAUCCACCACGGCCAAACUGGCGGCAUCUACGUCCACGAGAACGGUCUCGGUCAAUUCAUCGACAACAAGAUCCACUCGAACAACUUCGCCGGCGUCUGGAUAACCUCCAACAGUAACCCCACGAUCCGACGUAACGAAAUCUACAACGGCCACCAAGGCGGCGUGUACAUUUUCGGCGAAGGUCGCGGCUUGAUCGAGCACAACAACAUCUACGGUAACGCGCUCGCCGGCAUACAAAUACGGACUAAUAGUGACCCCAUCGUGCGCCACAACAAGAUCCACCACGGCCAGCACGGCGGCAUCUACGUCCACGAGAAGGGCCAGGGCCUGAUCGAGGAGAACGAGGUGUACGCGAACACGCUGGCCGGUGUGUGGAUAACCACCGGCAGCUCGCCGGUGCUGCGACGCAACCGCAUCCACUCCGGCAAGCAGGUGGGAGUUUAUUUCUACGACAACGGCCACGGGAAGCUCGAGGACAACGACAUCUUCAACCACUUGUACUCGGGCGUGCAGAUCCGGACCGGCAGCAACCCGGUGAUCCGCGGUAACAAGAUCUGGGGCGGGCAGAACGGCGGCGUGCUGGUGUACAACGGGGGGCUGGGACUGCUCGAGCAGAACGAGAUCUUCGACAACGCGAUGGCCGGCGUGUGGAUCAAGACGGACUCGAAUCCGACGCUUAAGCGCAACAAAAUAUUCGACGGACGCGACGGCGGCAUCUGCAUCUUCAACGGCGGCAAGGGGAUACUGGAGGAGAACGACAUAUUCAGGAACGCUCAGGCUGGCGUGUUGAUCUCCACCCAGAGUCAUCCUAUACUGAGGCGUAAUCGAAUCUUCGACGGUCUCGCUGCCGGGGUCGAAAUCACGAAUAAUGCGACCGCGACGCUCGAAUCGAAUCAAAUCUUCAAUAAUCGGUUUGGUGGCUUGUGUUUGGCGAGUGGUGUGCAACCGAUUGUUCGUGGAAAUAAAAUUUUCAAUAAUCAAGAUGCUGUAGAGAAGGCUGUGGCAAAUGGACAAUGUUUGUACAAGAUAUCCAGUUAUACGUCGUUUCCGAUGCACGAUUUCUAUAGGUGUCAAACGUGCAACACGACGGAUCGGAAUGCUAUUUGCGUUAAUUGUAUCAAAACGUGUCACGCCGGACACGACGUCGAGUUCAUAAGGCACGACAGAUUCUUUUGCGAUUGCGGAGCUGGCACGUUGACGAAUCAAUGCCAACUGCAAGGAGAGCCAACUCAGGAUACGGACACACUGUAUGACUCGGCCGCGCCAAUGGAAUCUCACACAUUGAUGGUCAACUAAAGGAUAUCACAUCUAUAAUUCUCUUUUCGCCGUACUAUUAAUUUAUUCCUAAUCUCCAUGACAGAAGGAAAAAAUAAAAGUGUUCAUAACUGUGUCGAUACCUGUAUUUAUAUUGAUUUAUCGUGAAGAACACGUGACAGAAGAUACUUAGUGUUGUUUUUGCACAAAUCCGUGUUUGGUGUUUUACAAAGCUUAGCAAUAUUACAGCACGACUGAUCAGUUUACACCACUUUAGAGUUAGACAAUCAACACAGGCGCUUCCAAAUGACCAAUGAUUUGAUCUUUCUUUUGUUAUUUCUUUCUCUCAAAAUAUGUUCAUUUCGUCGUCAUCAUUUUGCGAAUUUAUGUUACUUUAAAAAAGGAAUGUAUCUCCACCAAAGGGUAUCUUCAUCACAAUGUUUAGUGAAACUUUUACAUUCGUUUUCUUUAUAUUUAUUUAAAAAUAUGUUAAGUUCUGUUGUUGUGUUACGAUAUUUAUGGAAAAUGGUUGUAUUAAUUUGAAGAACCAUUUUUCUCUCGAAUCUCAAAGGUGUCUCAAAUAUUAAACAAAAGAAGGAUGAUACACCAUAAUUUAUAGCAAUACUUCAUUUACUAUUAUUUAUUUUGCCUUUUGGUCAGUGUACAAUAAUAAUUUCUUACAGUUAAAAGUGUUAUAUACAUACUAUAAAUCCAGUAAGUAAGAUUUGUACAGGUUUACUUGUUAGAAUUGAAAAUAUUGCUGUUUAAGUUUAUAUUUAAGUUAAUUACUGUUAUUAUUAUUUCAAUUAUUUAUUUUAUUUAGUUUAAAUUUUCGUACAGGAAGCUGUAGCCAUUCAGAAAACGAUGUGUUCUUAACAUUUGCAAGUGCCCAAGAUCCCGUUGUUUCUUUGAGUUGGCGAUAUGAAGAAAUAUUUUCUAACGAAAGUUUAUGAGUGGCUAUAUUGUUUUGUACUUUUAUUGUAUUAGAGAACAUAGCUUUAAAUAUAUCUGAUGUAUAUAAAAGGUUGUGCGAUUGAUUACAGUUGAGAUUCAGAGUGUUGUGUGUGAAAGUCUGACAAGAGUUUUGUUGUGUUUAUACAAAAGAACAAAAACGUUAUUGCAUGUAUGACAAAUAAUGUAAAAUAUCAGUAUUUAAAAAAAGUAAUUUGGUCUUAGGAAACUUGAAAACAAACUGGUUGUUUGAUAGGAAUGUGUAAGUUAUGUGUAUGUACGUUGUAUAUAUAUAUAUACAAAAAAAAAAAUGAAACGCAAUCAAUAAUUUAACCAAGAGCUUUCAAUAUAUGAUUUCACAAUUACAUAAACAGGCUGACCAACACAAGAAACCCAACAUUUUGAUCUGGGACGCCUGUACUGUUAUAUAUUGUAUAGGUACAAUAAAUAAAGUGCAGUUUAAAAACUGGUGCCAUAUUCACAUUUACACAUUUAUCAAGUAGCUAGCUGAAAUACCCAUAGAUAAUUAAUAAUGUAAGUCAUAGUGUAAUUCUUUUUAUACCAUUUUCUUACGUUGACUGAUGUAUACAUAGAUGGUUUAGUGAAAAAAUUAAUUUAAAAUUAAUUCUUGCCACAGCUGGGUGAAGACACUGGAUGGUGCAACGAUGACUUUUAUAAUGGUAUUGUGAUUUGUAAAUGGCAAAACAUUGUUAUGUAAGAAAGUAGCUGAUAUAUAUACGAAUUCCAUAGUUAUUUUAAGAGUAACUCUUUUCCAAGUAAUUUUUAUUGUUGUAUGAGGAAUAGGGUUUUGAUUUAUUGUAAAAAUCAUGGGAGGCUCACAAUUAGAAGAUGUAAAUUUGUGACUACUCAAAUUGUAAACAGUUCAAAAUACGACCCUACUUACAUUUAUGUUUUGAUAUGACUGAUGUCUGUGUAUAUCAUGUUGUAACAUACUGUCCUUUUCUAUAAUUAUACUAAUUCUAAAAUUUAAGUUAGAUAAGUAUUACUUAAGUGUCAGGCUUAUAGAUCAACUGACAAGAGGUCUUUUCGUAGAUAGCUAGCACUGUAUUGUACUGUGUACAUUAUAUAAAAAUAUAUGGCUAAUUAUCGAA